AUGGCUCACACUGCGCCCACUACUCCUAGUGCGCGAGCUUCUGGGCCACUCAUGACACCCACCGCAUUCGGCACACACUGGCUCUCCAAACUCACCUCGAUGCACCACAUAGUCCCUACCCUCUCCACCCAAAACAUAGUCUUCCGACCCCUCGAAUGCGACGUCGCAUUCGCCGAAAAGGCCAUCACGUACCUCGAGUCUUUCCACCAAGAUGUCGAGCGUCACGUUCUUCCAGCACUUGAUGUGUUGCAGAUCACGUCUCUUGGCAAUGCAUUCGCCACCGCCCACAAUGUCAAGCGCCAGCUCGUCGACAUGGUGCAGGACUAUCGGAAGCUGCCACAGUUGCUUGGUUAUGUGUAUUCGCCGACAUUGUGGCCCAUGUCGGUGAGGAUCACGGCAGUUGUUGGGAGGACGGUGGCUUUGUUUGGUGUGCUUCCGCCGCAAAGCAAGGGAUAUGGAAAGAUACAGCAGCGUGACAUUCCAUAG